AGUUGAUCAGCUCUAAUUGUUAGUAAAAUAACGAGAUCUCCAGUUAGCCGAAGAUUAAAAUGGAUGAAAAUCUGUGCCAAGAGCUAUUAGCUAAUCUACAACUGGAAGAGACGCGUAAAAACGCUCUGACGGAGAUCAAAAACACUCUGAUUUCAUCCAACAACUCGUCCAUCUCCAACAGCUUUCUGAAAUCACCGGAGCUUCUCAACUGCUUGGAGGAUGCCAACAGCGAACAGACGCUGCUGGCAUGUGACAUUCUAUCGAUCUGCAUGAGUACCCUCGUAAUCGACGAGACCACCGAGGUUAAGAAUGUUAUCGAAAAAUCGUUGAGUCAUGUCAAUCCCAAAGUGCAGACAUUCGGAUUGCGCGAGCUUGCUCGCAUCCUGGCUUCACCGCCGGAGAACUUCAUCAAUGAAACGCUGAUCCUGCUGGUGAUCAAAUGCUUGGCAUCGGAUGAUAUCAGCGUCGGAACACCUUCGAUCGAGAUACUACGGCUGAUGCUACCCAAGUUCGUCCAGCUGAGAAGCGUCCAGGAGAACUUGGAAGGGCUGCUGAACAAAGGUGAUGUCGUCCGGUGUAGAUUGUAUGAACUGGCUGUUAAGUUAGGUCGUCAAUCGGAGGAAUUGUUGGCUUCAGUUGAAAAAUUCUUGCAGAAGGCUGUACAGGAACUAGAUGGGAGCGAUAUUCUGCUGCAAUUGAAUGUUCUGCAGAUUUUGUCCGAGUUGUCUGUGGGUAAUCAUGGAAUGGCUUACCUGGAAAACAAUGGCGUAUUUGGUAAGCUCAUGGCGAAGAUUGAUCAUUUGGAGGAAGACCCUCUGGCGGCGAUUCUGGUUCCGGGUUUGAUGAAAUUCUACGGAAACAUUGCGGCGAUUCAUCCGGCUAAUGUCUACGAUGGGUAUCCGAAAGUUAUCGAGUUGCUGUUUGAGUGCCUACAGUCGGAAGACAUGUCCAUACUGCCUACCGCUUACGAUACCCUGGGCUGCAUUGCACAACCGAGCGAGGGAAAGCGACAGAUUCACUACAAAUAUGGUGCAUCGUUGAAGAAGACGCUGCAUCAUUUCAGCAUCAUAAUCCGCAAUUUGCCGAAUGAUUUAAAAAUUCGUCUGCUGAACUGCUUGCGAUCAAUGUUCUUAAUCGAUGCAGUCAACGCGGAUAAUCAGAUAACAACCAUCACCCAAACCUGGUACGACUACCUAAGUGAGCAGGACAAUCUUAACCUGGUAAUGGACUACAUCAGGAAUCCCUUCCCGGAUAUGAAGCGUGCCGCACUAGGGUUGCUCAAAGCCAUCGUUGGCCACCGAUGGGGCCAGACCUAUCUGCUGAAUACGGGAGGCUUCGUGGAGUACCUCUUGGAUCGAAAGCAGGAAGCCGAUAAGGAUGUCGUUCUAGACAAGUACGAAGUGAUUCGGAUGCUCACAUCGUCGACUGUAUUCGAUGAGCAGACGGCUUCCGAGCUGAGACGUUACGUUGCGGAGGGUGCUUUCUAUGUGCACGGAAUCACUGAGGUGGCCAUCGAAGGGGCUUCCUAAAUGUGUGUGCGGCUUGUUUUGCUUUCUUUUUGUGUAUGAAUUAAGAUAAG